AUUGAGAGCGCAGGGGUAGCUGCUGCCUGUUGUAGUGAGCACCGCUCAUAUGUCCUAUAUCUGAACUACAGCUGUGCUCCGUGUUUGAAAAGUUUGAGCAAAUCAACUGCCCAGCCACUAACAUCAAAAGAUGGGAAGUGGAAUUAGUUCAGAGAGCAAGGAAUCGUCCAGAAGGUCCAAAGAACUGGAGAAGAAGCUUCAGGAAGACGCUGAACGGGAUGCAAGAACUGUGAAGUUGCUGCUACUAGGAGCAGGUGAAUCUGGGAAAAGCACUAUUGUUAAACAAAUGAAGAUCAUCCAUAAGAAUGGUUACAGCAAACAAGAAUGCAUGGAGUUUAAAGCAGUGAUUUACAGUAACACAUUGCAGUCCAUCCUAGCUAUUGUGAAAGCCAUGGCUACACUGGGGAUUGAUUAUGUCAAUCCUAGGAGCCGAGAGGACCAAGAACAACUUCACUCAAUGGCACAUACACUAGAAGAUGGUGCUAUGACUCCUCAGCUGGCUGAAAUCAUUAAACGACUGUGGGGGGAUCCAGGAAUCCAAGCCUGCUUUGAAAGGGCAUCUGAAUACCAGCUCAAUGACUCUGCAGCUUACUACCUUAAUGACUUAGACAGACUCACAGCCCCUGGGUACGUCCCAAAUGAGCAAGACGUUCUACAUUCCCGGGUGAAAACCACUGGUAUCAUUGAAACUCAAUUCUCCUUUAAAGACUUGAAUUUCAGAAUGUUUGAUGUAGGUGGCCAGAGAUCAGAGAGAAAAAAAUGGAUCCACUGCUUUGAAGGAGUCACCUGCAUUAUAUUUUGUGCAGCGCUAAGUGCCUAUGACAUGGUGCUUGUAGAAGAUGAAGAGGUGAACAGAAUGCAUGAAAGUCUUCACCUCUUCAACAGCAUCUGUAAUCACAAGUACUUCGCAACCACCUCCAUUGUUCUGUUUCUUAACAAGAAAGAUCUCUUCCAGGAGAAAGUGGCUAAGGUGCACCUCAGCAUUUGCUUUCCAGAAUAUACUGGACCAAACACAUUUGAAGAUGCAGGGAACUACAUCAAGAACCAGUUUCUAGACCUGAACUUAAAAAAAGAAGAUAAGGAAAUCUAUUCUCACAUGACCUGUGCUACUGACACACAAAAUGUCAAAUUUGUGUUUGAUGCAGUGACAGAUAUAAUAAUAAAAGAGAACCUCAAAGACUGUGGGCUCUUCUGAGCAACAUGUUUGCUUUCACCUGUGAUGGCUAUAGUCCUUUCAAUACAAAAAGGUGGUGUGUAUUAGCUUGUAUAAAUAUUAAUUAAUUUAGAAAUGUAACUAGCAUUAUAAAAACAAAAAAUUCACACAAAAUUGUUACUGUGGUAUCACAUAUAUCAGGAUUCGGUUUUCUUGG